CCGGGCGGGGACGCGGCACCGGGUCCUGCGGGAGUGGCCGCCCGCCCCGCGCCCGGUUACCGGGGGUCGCGGCGCUGCCGGCCUAGCGGAGCGGGGCAGGGGCGGCGGGAGGGGGCAGCGGGCUCCGCCGCCACUUGUUGCCGGCGCUCGGCCCCCGGGCGGGCUGGCGGGGGCUCGCCCCGGCCCCGGUUUCUUCCUCCCCGCCCCGCCGGUGCCGCCCGGCCCUGCCGGCUCCUGCCGCAAGUUGGCGAGUUCCCUGCGGAGCCCGGGCCCGUCCCGGGGCUGUCACGGAGGGGGCUCCUGCCGGGCUCUCCCCCGCAGCCCGGCGAUGUCGGGACGACGGCGCCGGAGAGCCCCGGGCUGCGGCGGGAGCGCGGCAAACCCGCGGGGCCCCAGGCCCCCGACGGCGGCACGGCACGGGUUGGCUUCGGGGCGGGGGGCUCGGGGAAUGCCCGGCCCGUCUCUCGGCGGGGCCCCGGGCGGGCAACGGCUCCCCGCGGGCACGGGAGGAGUCGGGAGGGCUUCCGGGAGCCCGCGGUGCCACCGGCGUGCGGGGCAGAAACACCUUUGUUUUGCUCUCCUCGGGCCAGCGAUCUGUCAGGACAUCAUCCCUCUCCUCUCUUUUCGCAGGAAGGUGGCUCCCGGCCGGCGCUGAGGCGUGAAGGCACCCCCGGGCUGGGCACCGAGGGCAGCGGGCGGCCGGAGCCGGGGGGCGCUGGGCUGCCGGGCAGCGGCUGAGCCGGCGGCGGGGGCGAGCGGGGGAACGAUGAUGCAGUAGCCGCUCCGGACGGAGGAAUUCCGCUGCCCGGCGAGACCCGAGACCCACCUGCGCGACGGCAGAGCCCCUGCGGCCCCAGCCCUGCCCGCAGGCAGCACCGGCCCGGGCAGGGGGCUCGGCAGAGCCGGCGCGGCUCGGCCCGGCGGGACGAGAGCGAGAUGAGCAUGGUAAAGAGCCUAGAGCGGCUGGAGCAGCGGCUGGCUGUGAUGGUGGCUGCCCAGGAGACUUCUCAGGCCUGGUCUUCACUGGGAGAGGAGGGGCCGGCAACCAUGAAAAAGGAGAACCACAGCCGGGAUGAGGCGGACUGCAGGGCAGGGCUGAUCCUCCUCAACGGGGACUGCACUGAUCCUGCUAAAGACACAGCUGCCCUUCUUCUGGAGGCUAACGGGAACCCCAGUGCUCCAGAUGCUGGGAGCCUGGGACUGCCAACCCUGAAGAACAAGAGGGUGAGCAAGGACCUCUCCAAGGAGGACCUGUCCUGGCCACUCGCGCUCUCCGAGGCACAGGAGAUGCGGCCCCGGGGCAGCGCCGGCUGGGAGAGCAGCCUCAGGCAGAAGCCUCCUGUCCGCCUCAUCUUCCAGGCCGGGCAGACCCGGCACGAGAUGAAAAUCAAGGAACCGAACAGCGAGGAGAAUCUCAGGGACCUGCCAACGCCGCUGCGGAGCUCCAGGAGGCGAUCGGCCAUGCCCGUCCUCAACACCAUCGACCUCACGGAGGACGACUCCCGGGACUCGUCGCAGAGCAGCAGCACGCUCUCCGGGAGCAGCUCCCAGGAGGGCCAGAACGGCUCUGCCGAGCUGGCGGCUGAGGAGCCGGAGAGCCGAGAGGCGGGGAUAGCGCUGGAGUACCAGGAUGGGAAGGAAUUUGGGAUUGGGGAACUCGUCUGGGGAAAGAUCAAAGGUUUCUCCUGGUGGCCGGCGAUUGUCGUCUCCUACAGAGCCACGUCCAAGCGCCAGGCGGUCUCGGGCAUGCGAUGGGUGCAGUGGUUUGGAGACGGGAAGUUCUCUGAGGUUUCUGCAGACAAGCUGGUGGGGCUGAUGGCCUUUAGGCAGCAUUUCAAUUCUGCCACGUUUAAUAAGCUGGUUUCCUAUCGCCGAGCCAUAUUCCAUGCCCUGGAGGUCGCCCGGAGCCGGUCAGGGAAGACGUUUGCAGCCACCCCCGGGGAGUCCCUGGAGGAGCAGCUGAAGCCCAUGAUCGACUGGGCGCUCACCGGCUUCAAGCCCCUGGGCCUCAAGGGGCUGCGGCCGCCCAAAACCUCAGAGAACGGGGCCCUGCGGAACGGCACGGAGGAGGUGCUGUGCCUCGAGCAGUGCCCCCCCACCAAGAGGCUGAAGGCCACCCUCUGCAACAACAACAAGGAGCAGCGAGUGGAGGAGGACCAGACCCGAGAACAAAUGGUUUCCGAAGUUACGAACAACAGCGGGAGUCUCGAAGACAGCUGCUUGUCCUGCGGGAGGAGGAACCCGGCCACCUUCCACCCGCUGUUCGAGGGAGGCCUGUGCCAGACGUGCAGGGAUAGAUUCCUGGAGCUCUUCUACAUGUACGAUGAAGACGGCUACCAGUCCUACUGCACCGUCUGCUGCGAGGGCAAGGAGCUGCUGCUCUGCAGCAACGCCAGCUGCUGCAGGUGCUUCUGCGUAGAGUGUCUGGAGGUCCUGGUGGGGCGAGGGACGUCGGCCAAGGCAAAAGAGCAGGAGCCCUGGAACUGCUACAUGUGCCAGCCCCAGCGGAGCUACGGGGUGCUGCAGCGCCGGCAGGACUGGAACACCCGCCUGCAGGACUUCUUCACCAGCGACAAGGGACAGGAAUACGACGCACCCAAAAUCUACCCAGCGGUGCCCCCAGCCAAGAGGAGGCCCAUCAGAGUGCUCUCCUUGUUUGAUGGCAUAGCAACAGGGUACCUGGUGCUGAAGGACCUGGGCAUCCAGGUGGAGAAGUACAUCGCCUCCGAGAUCUGCGAGGACCCCAUCGCGGUGGGCACCGUGCGGCACGAGGGCAACAUCACCUACGUGCACGACGUCAGGAACAUCACCAAGAGAAACAUCGAGGAGUGGGGUCCCUUUGACCUGGUGAUCGGCGGGAGCCCCUGUAAUGACCUGUCCCUCGUCAGCCCGUCCAGGAAGGCGCUGUACGGCCCACCGGCCCCCACGCCCCCGCCGCAGCCUCCUCUGCGGGGCCGCGGCCGGUCCCCACCCAGCACUCCCGCUUCCCCCCGUGCAGAAGGGACCGGGAGGCUCUUCUUCGAGUUCUACCACCUGCUCAACUACGCCCGGCCCAAGGCGGGCGAGGAGCGCCCCUUCUUCUGGAUGUUUGAGAACGUGGUGGCCAUGAGGGUCAAUGACAAGAGGGACAUCUCUCGGUUCCUGGAGUGUAACCCGGUUAUGAUCGACGCUAUCAAGAUAUCUGCUACCCACAGAGCUCGCUAUUUCUGGGGCAACCUCCCGGGGAUGAACAGGAUCUUCGGCUUCCCCCUCCACUACACCGACGUCUCCAACAUCAGCCGCGGGGCUCGCCAGAAGCUGCUCGGGAGGUCCUGGAGCAUCCCCGUCAUCCAGCACCUCUUCUCCCCGCUCAAGGAUUACUUUGCCUGUGAAUAGCAAGCGGAGCGUCCCUCGUCUCUCGGGUAACGAUGCAGCUCAGCUGCCUGGGGGGAGAGGGCAGGAUGCGACCACCAGUCUCUCCCUGCGGCUUCCCCGUCCCCGUCCCUCCGCUGCGGGAAGGACGCACGGCCCUGCAGCAGGGCCGAGGGAACUUCAACCAAAGAACCUGGCAGGGCAACCCUUCCUUAAGGGACUGAUGACAGCAACACGUAGGAAAUGACGGACAAAAGAGCUUUAAUUACCCAGCACAGGAAGCUGCAUGCAUCACUGACGAGGCGAGAAGUCUCCUCCAGAGCAUUAAAUAUUCCGUUUUACCCCAGAGCUGAAGAGGAGAAAGUGGUGGAGGCAGCUGCUGGCGUGCUGCAGACAAACGCGGACUAUAGAGGCUGAUUGCUUUUCCUAAACAAACAAAACCUCUCUUGAAAUGACUGCCAAAAAAACCCUCAAACUGCAGCAGCAGGUGGAAGGGGCCCUGGUCAGGUUACGUACACUGAACAUGCAGGAUACACAAACCAAAUCUUUUUUUUUUCUUUUUUUUUUUUUAAAGACUUUUUUUGAUAAACUUUAAUUUUGUUGUUUAACGUCUAUUGCUGCUUUAAGGCAUUACAUAAGAAUGUGGAGACUCCUAGACCUGAAUGUAGCUGAAACUGAACUGUGAGCAGAUAGAUUUACUUUUCUAGUUAGAAAAUAUUUCUACAGGGAGAUACUGUUUUCUAUGUUUGGCUGUAGUUUACAAGUAUUCACUACGUCCUUCUCAAAGCAUUUACAUUUUUUUUCCUCGCAUUUCAAAAUCCU